UAGAUACUUUUGGAAAAUAUUUUAUAUAAUUUAUAUCAAAAUUAAAAUGUUGAAUUUCUUUCUGUUUCUCCUAUAUGUUAAUCUUUUCCUAACAUAUACUCUCUGCCAUAUGUCACUGGGCAUAGUACAUGAAUCUCCAUUCAGUGUCAAACUUUUCAAAAAAUAGGGAAGGGAGAGAACUCUCCCGAAACUACCUUUCCCAAGCACUCGUCGCGAAGCCGGGUUUUGUUACCUUUGCUGUGAGGUGUGGGUGUGCGGGCACCGACCUGCCGCCGCUCCAAGUGGAAGUCCUGACAAAGCCGGGCGGGGCAAGGCUUGGCUCGGCUCCGCCCCGGGAGACCGAUCCAGUUUCAGUGCCGCGGGCGGUGUGCGCGCUCUUCCGGUGGCUGUGCAGGUAUAGAAAUCACAAAUGUCGACAAACGAUGGAAGAUCCAGGAAUCGGGACAGGCACUACGAUGAGGUCCCACGGGACCUGGCCUAUCAAGAUGGCACCAUAAGAACCCUCCAGACUCUUCAUGACAUUGAGCUGGCUGUCAGCGCUGAUCCUUUGCCACCACCCCCUCUCCCAUUACAGCCACCAUUCGGCCCCGACUUCUACUCAAGUGACACAGAGGAACCAGCCAUAGCACCAGAUCUCAAACCCGUGAGGCGCUUUGUCCCUGAGUCCUGGAAGAACUUCUUCAGAGGGAAGAAAAAGGACCCAAAAUGGGAUAAGCCGGUGUCAGACAUCAGAUAUAUCUCCGACGGAGUGGAAUGCUCACCGCCAGCCUCUCCAAUAAGACCAAACCACCGUUCACCCCCCAACUCCUACAAAGAUACUUGUGGAGGGUCAGAAGGAACCUAUAAUUCCCGGAAAGAGGCCGAAGCAAUGCUUCCUCAGGAUCCGUAUGGAUCUCUAGGCCGACAGACACAAACAGCUCGAACAUACAGUGAGAAGAUGGAGGAGUAUAACCUGAGGUAUUCCUACAUGAAGUCGUGGGCAGGCCUGCUGAGAAUUCUGGGUGUGGUGGAGCUGCUCAUGGGGGCCGGUGUUUUUGCUUGUGUCACAGCUUACAUUCACAAGGACAGCGAGUGGUAUAACAUGUUUGGAUAUUCACCAUCUAAUGCCAUGGGAGGCAUUGGUGGCCUGGGCAGUAUGUAUGGGGGCUAUUACUACAGUGGCCCCAAAACUCCUUUUGUACUCGUGGUUGCCGCUUUAGCUUGGAUCACCACCAUUAUUAUCCUGGUUCUUGGCAUGUCCAUGUAUUAUCAGACCAUUCUUUUGGACUCUAACUGGUGGCCCCUAACUGAAUUUGGAAUUAACGUUGCCUUGUUUAUUUUGUAUAUGGCUGCAGCCAUAGUCUAUGUGAAUGAUAUCAACCGAGGUGGACUGUGCUACUAUCCAGUAUUUAAUACACCAAUGAAUGCAGUGUUCUGCCGGGUAGAAGGAGGACAGAUCGCAGCAAUGAUCUUCUUGUUUGUCACCAUGAUUGUUUAUCUCAUUAGUGCUUUGGUUUGCCUAAAGUUAUGGAGGCAUGAGGCAGCUCGGAGACAUAGGGAAUACAUGCAACAGCAGGAGAUAAGUGAGCUAUCAUUGCCAUCAAAAAGGAAAAUGUGUGAAAUGGCCAUCGGUGGUGACAGACCGAGAGACCAAGAAGUUAAUUACAAAGAACUGAGAGCAACAAAAACGAAAACUGAAGUACUGAGUGGACACAUCCCCUCAGGCCACAUUCCUAAACCUAUCGUGUUGCCUGACUAUGUGGCAAAAUACCCUGUGAUUCAGACGGAUGAUGAACGAGAACGCUAUAAAGCUGUGUUCCAAGACCAGUUUUCAGAGUACAAAGAGCUGUCUGCAGAAGUUCAAGCCAUCUUGAGGAAGUUUGACGAACUGGACGCGGUGAUGAGCAGACUGCCACAUCAUUCGGGCAACCAGCAGGAACAUGAGAGAAUUUCAAGAAUCCAUGAAGAGUUUAAGAAAAAAAAGAAGAGGAAGACGCGAGAUCGGUUGGAAGUGGAGAAGGAAGAGGAGGAAGAGGAGGAGGAAGAGCGACGGGCAGCAGCGCCGGGCCCAGCAGGUCAAGAUGCAGGUCAUCUUGAAGGUUUCAAAUAUCUACCAUUACCCGAUGCUGCUGAUCAAGUUAGGAUGGCUUUAAACUCAGGAUCACCACCAGGCGUUGGACCUUACUACGAAAACCAUGGAUACCAGCCUGAGAGCCUCUAUCCUCCGCAGCCCGCUGUGGCCCCCAGUGCCUACUCGGUGUAUCGGGCUGGGUAUUACCCGCCCGUGGUACCCCAGUACACCCCAAGGGUUCUGACGAACACUUCGACACCUGCCAUCCACACACAGCCCAAGUCUCCAUCGGGGACACUGUGCACCUCAAGGACUAAGAAAGUGCUGUGCAUCACCUUCUCCCUGGGGGCCGUCCUCGUGGGAGCAGUGGUGGCCGCUGUCUUGCUCCAGAAAUUCAUGGAAAACAAGUGCUCCGUGUCCCGAAUCGAGUGUGGCUCCUCGGGGACCUGCGUCGGUGCCUCUCAUUGGUGCACCGGGGUCCUGCAUUACCCCAGCGGGGAGGACGAGAACCGAUGCGUUCGCCUCUAUGGACCCAACUUCAUCCUUCAGGUGUACUCGUCCCAGAGGAAGUCCUGGCACCCCGUGUGCCAAGACGACUGGAGCGAGAACUACGGGAGGGCGGCAUGCCGGGACAUGGGCUACAGGAAUAGUUUUUAUUCCAGCCAAGGAAUAGUGGAUGACAGCGGGGCCACCAGCUUUAUGAAGCUGAAUGUAAGUGCCGGCAACACCGAUUUCUGUAAGAAACUCUACCACAGUGAUGUCUGUUCUUCAAAAGCAGUGGUUUCGUUACGCUGUGUAGAAUGCGGGGUCAACACGAAGAUGAGCUGCCAGAAUCGGAUCGUGGGUGGGAUGAGUGCAGCCCUGGGGGACUGGCCCUGGCAGGUCAGCCUGCACGUCCAAAGGGUCCACGUCUGCGGAGGCUCCAUCAUCACCCCCGAGUGGAUUGUGACAGCAGCUCACUGUGUCGAAGAACCGCUUAACAAUCCACGGUAUUGGACGGCCUUCGCAGGAAUUUUGAGACAAUCUUUCAUGUUCUAUGGAAACGGGUACCGGGUGGAAAAAGUGAUUUCUCAUCCAAAUUAUGACUCAAAGAGCAAGAACAAUGACAUCGCGCUUAUGAAGCUGCAGACCCCUCUGACUUUUAAUAACAAAGUGAAACCCGUGUGUCUGCCCAACCCGGGCUUGACGUUGGAGCCCACACAGUCCUGCUGGAUUUCCGGGUGGGGUGCCAGCUACGAGAAAGGGAAAACGUCGGAGAUGCUGAACGCCGUUAGGGUUCCCCUCAUUGAGCCCCGGCAAUGCAACAGCAAAUACGUCUACAAUAACCUGAUCACGCCCGCCAUGAUCUGCGCGGGGUAUCUGCAUGGGACCAUUGAUUCCUGCCAGGGUGACAGUGGCGGUCCUCUGGUCACUUUGAAGAGCAGCGUCUGGUGGUUGAUUGGGAACACCAGCUGGGGGUCUGGCUGUGCCAAGGCUAACAGACCAGGAGUGUAUGGAAAUGUGACAGUAUUUACAGACUGGAUCUAUCAACAAAUGAGGGCAAACAGCUAAUCCACACAGCCCUGUCCUUGAUGCCGUUCCACAAGGAAAUGAAGGGGCUGGUUUUUAAUUCCCUGUGCUUAAUGUAUUUUUAGAGAUGAUUCAAAGGUGCUCUCAUUUUUACUAAAUAGUGAACUUGUCUGUCUUUGACACUCUCCAUGGUUCUGUGCAGGCCACAGGUGCUCCUCCAGGGCCCAUGCUCCCUGGCCUCUUGUCCAAAAGGGCUGACCAGCCGGGCUGGGUGUGGGCACCCAAGGCAACGCAGAGCAGAGUGAUGCACCUGCCCACUGGGGUCUUCCUUCUGAGCCCAUCCAGGGGCCGGCUUUGGAUGCACAGGGGGCUAGUGACCUCUCAGCUGCUGGACAGCUUGAGAUAGAAGGGAGAAAGCCGGGUGAGACCAGCAGGGGCCACCCUCUGUGGCCACCGCUAGGGAGGACCACCUGGGGUAGCACCAGGGCCUGUCUCCCUACAAGAAUUUUCACUGACCAUUUUUAGUGCCUUC